CCAUGUGCGUCGCGUUUGAUUGACAUGGCGGAGUCUCCCAGUACGUGCCGCGCCGCGCCAGCAGACAGGCGAGACUCGAGCCUGGGAAUAAAAAAAAAAAAACGCGCAGCCACGUCUGUUUGAAGACUAUUUAUUGCAGCGAGGUAGGACAGUUCAGUGAAUUUCUCCAUGAAUGUACGUCACAAUGAUGAUGACAGACCAGAUUCCACUGGACUUGGCUCCGCCUCCUCUCCUGAACGGGGAGGUGCCGCUCAUGCCUCACAUGGUUAACGGUGACGCAGCUCAGCAGGUGAUCCUGGUGCAGGUGAAUCCAGGAGAGACGUUUACCAUCCGGGCAGAAGAUGGCUCACUGCAGUGCAUCCAGGGUCCUGCUGAAGUUCCCAUGAUGUCCCCAAAUGGCUCGAUCCCUCCCAUCCACGUACCCCCAGGAUACAUCUCACAGGUGCUGGAGGAUACCACAGGAGUGCGCCGCGUGGUGGUGACUCCCCAGUCUCCAGAGUGUUACCCUCCCUCCUACUCCCCGGCCUUAUCCCCCACACACCACCUGCCUCCCUACCUGACUCACCCUCACUUUAUCCCCAACUCCCACUCUUUCUAUCCCCCUGUCAGCCCCGGGGAGCUGCCCCCCCACCAGUACUACCAGCACCACCUCCCUCCCAUGUACGGUGAUCCAGAAAUCAUCCCAGUUUAUGGGAUGUCCAAUUAUAUAGGCAGAGAAGAGACGUACAGUAAGCCGCAACCCAAAAAGAUAAAGGAACAGAGACAACUAGAGAGACAGAACCGACUGAACUCCCCUCCUUCCACUCUCUAUAAAGGCAGCCUGGGACCAACACACAACGGAUACAGCAGCAAGUCACACGUGCCAUCACUUGGGUCAGUGGGGUCAGGGGGCGGAGUCAGCAGUCCAGGUGGGAAGAAGCCAGAGAGACGACUUAGGAGCAGCCCACGAAACAUUGAACCAGAGACACACAUACAAGAUCAUGACUCAGAGGGGAAGCGUGUUCAGGACAUGCUGUCUACAAUUGACAAACCACAGGUGUCCAACGUGCAGGCACGGGCCGCUCAGCUCUCCUGGGUGCCCCCGGCGGGUCUGGUAAACAGGCACAGUAACGGCAUACCUGUGUCCUGCUCCUACGAGGUCUCGCUCUCAGAUAAGGGCCGAGAUGGAAAGUACCGCCUCAUAUACAGUGGAGAAGAAUUGGAGUACCAUCUGAAAGACCUAAGGCCAGCGACAGACUACCACGUACGGGUGUCGGCAUUGUACAACUCAGUAAGAGGUUCGUGUUCCGAGGCUGGCUCGUUCACCACGCACUGCAGCGUCCCCGACGUCCCCUUACCUCCGAAACUCUCCCAUCGCACCAAGAGCUCCCUCACCCUCCAGUGGAAGCCCCCAGGCGACAAUGGAUCCAAAAUUACAAAUUACCUGCUCGAGUGGGAUGAGGGAAAGAAGAACAGCGUUUUCAGAGAAUGUUACUUCGGGAGCCAGAGACAAUGUAAGCUGACGCGGCUGUUCCCAGCCUGCGUGUACACGUUCAGAGUGGCUGCGCACAACGACAUAGGCACAAGUGGCUUCAGUACAGACGUGAUGUUUUGCACCACGGGCACGCUGCCCACACUGCCUCUUCCACCACGAUUGGUCCGGGCAGGUGUUUCCUGGGUGACUCUGGAGUGGGGGCGUCCUGAGGGUAGUCCCAGUGAGGAGCAGCUUAAGUACACACUCGAGAUCCAGGAGGACAACAGUGGAACAGAAUUUCAUCCAAAGUACACUGGAGAAAACUUGACCUGUACUGUACAAGGCCUGAAGAGGAGUACACAGUAUAAAUUCAGGUUGAUUACAUCAAACAUGGAGGGAAAGAGCGGUCCAAGUGAAGUAUUGGUGUGCACCACCAAUCCAGACAAGCCCGGCCCUCCAUCUGCACCCUGUGUCAAGGUGGCAACGCCGUACGGAUUUACCGUCACCUGGGACCCUCCCCAGGACAAUGGAGGUUCAGAAGCUCUCACUUACCUGUUGGAGAUCUCAGAGGGAUGCUCUGAAGCGAGCCAGUGGGAGGUAGCGUAUAGUGGUCCAGCAACAGAAUGUGUGUGUGAGAGGCUGAUGCCUGGAACCUUCUACCGCCUGCGUGUGUGCAGCAUCACCACUGGAGGCCACAGCCCUUGCACUGUUCCUGUUCCGGUCCGUACUUUAAGCAUCCCGCCAGGGCCCUGCCAACCGCCAAGGAUUGUGGGUAAAGCUAAACACAAGGAGGUGCAGUUAGAAUGGGACUCUCCUGUUUCUGAGGGGGUGUGUGAGGAAUGUGUGUUCAGUCUGGAGAUGAGUGAGGGAGACACCAAGCCAACAGAGGUGUACCAUGGGACUGAGUUCCAGUGUACAGUUGGAAGCCUGUUACCUGGUGCCACCUACAACUUCCGACUGCGCGCUGCCAACGAGGCUGGGUUUGGAGCCUACUCUGAGCCAACGGAGGUGACGACUGCAGCCGGUCCUCCUGGCCAGUGCGGGGCGCCACUUAUCAAUUUUACAAGUACCACCUGCGUAACAAUCAGCUGGGAGAGUCCUGAGGGUUCGGGUACAGACAUCUCUGAAUAUCGACUGGAGUGGGCGAGGGAAGAUGAACCUAUGGAGCUCAUCUACUGUGGAUCUGACACCCAGUGUGAACUGUCAGAUCUGAUGCCUGCUACACUUUACUGCUGCAGACUACAGGCUGCUAAUCAGGCGGGUGCUGGUCCUUACAGCGAGCAGGUGAAUUUCCAGACACCCGCGACACAUCCCGAUGCGGUCCCCUCCCUCACCCUCCUGGAUUUUCCGACUUCCUCAGAGUCAGGUCACUCCCUAUCGACCUGCCUCUUCCUCAAGUGGGAGGAGCCAAACACUAACGGGGCAGAGAUCACCUGCUACAUCCUCACUUUAGAUGACCAAAUCAUCACUGUGGAAUCAGGGACAAGUCACGUCAUCACAGGCCUGCAGCCAGACAGCGAAUACAGAGUACAGAUACAGGCAGUAAACGCCAUUGGCUCUAGCCCCUUGAGUCAACCUCUGCUGGUGAGGACGCGGCCACUCCCUCCAGUCCCGCCCCCUCUUGAAUGUUCGGCGGCGGGCCCUCAGAGCUUGAAGCUAAAGUGGGGUGAAAAUGCCAGCAACACGCACACCCGCGCCCUGCUCACUGAAGAUGUGUUCUACACACUACAAAUGGAGGACAAGAACCACAGAUUUGUGACCAUCUAUCAUGGUCCCAGCCACACCUACAAGGUGCAGCGAUUGACUGAGUCCAGCAGUUACAGUUUCAGAAUACAGGCCAUAAGUGACGCCGGGGAGGGUCCUUUCUCUGACACACAUACCUUCUGCACCACCAAGUCUGUGCCUCCUGCCCUCAAAGCUCCCAGAGUGCACCAGCUGGAGGGGAACAUGUGCGAGAUUACAUGGGAGACCAUCCCACCGAUGAGAGGCGACCCUGUGAGCUACGUGCUGCAGGUGCUGGUGGGACGUGAGUCAGAGUACAAACAGGUUUUUAAGGGAGAGGAGGGCAUGUUCCAAAUCUCCGGUCUCCAGGGAAACACAGACUACCGUUUCCGUGUGGGCGCUUGCCGCCGCUGCCAGGACACCUGCCAGGAACUAUGCGGACCGUUGAGCCCCUCCUCACUGUUCACACUGCGCCGCCAGGAGGUUGCAUCAUCAGGAGAGCUGUGCACCGUGGAAACGGGCAGAGGGGCGGGCCUGAUCUCCAGUGACGAGCGCUUCGCGGCGCUGAUCGUGUGCGUGUUCGCAGGCUUCUCUGUUCUCAUCGCCUGCUUGCUGCAGUACUUCUUCAUGAAGUGAGGGAAUUUACCUAUAGGAUAGAAAGAGAAAACAAAAUCACAGAGAAACUUUAAAAACAAAAAAAAAAGUCUAUGAAAGAACCGAAUGAAAUCAAAAAACACUUGAGAUGUACUUCUAAGACUGUUUUUUUUUUUUUUUUUUUUUUUUUAGUCAAAAUAUCAAUUCUUUAUUUCAGUUGUCUCACUCAGUUUGGUCUCAUUUCUCUACGUGUCUGUUGUCUUCGUAUCAUUGUCGUAUUCGUUAAGGAUUUCUGCUAAGGGAAGCCUUUGAGAGCGAUCCCUUGGUUGGGAAAUAAAACUGAUAAUCACGCCUUGAAAUAGCUGUGAGCGAAGCAGUUGUUCCUCAGACUGACUUGCAUGUUUUUAUUUUGUAUCUUUUUUUUUAAAACAUACUCUUAAUAGAGAACGUGUAUAUUUCUUGACAGUCAUUACCUUGCAAUUUUUUUCUGUCAUGGUUUGAUUCGCCAUUUUUUUCCAGUCUUUAUUCAUUCAGCCAUAUUCCAAUGUAGGCCUUCAAAGCUUUAGCCGUUCAUACCUUAUUACUCUACAGGCUGUCGGUCAGUCCAUGCCAACUGCUCUCACACAAACACAGACUGACAAUGCACACAUGCAUGCAGUCCCACACACACGCUAUGACAAUGAUCGGAAGUCAGUCGCGUAUCUCUUUGGCUUUUAACAUUCAAUCACUCAUUCAGCUACCAAAGCGAUGCAAUCCAUGUGUGGUGUAAGAUGCUGCUAUCCUGUGAUUUUAUUAUAUCUAAGAAAGAAUGGAAAAACCCGUAAUCUAAUAUAUAUCUAUAAACACACAAUAUAUAUUAUAACAAAUAUCUAUGACGCUACAGAAGUGAUGUAAUAUAAGUGACGGCAUUGUAAGUUCUGAAGUACAGUGUGAAAGGGGAGGAGUCGACUCUCGGUGCUCACAAACAGAAGCUUGCGCUCUCAGCUGAAGGAGCCCUCAAACACUGGUGUUGGAUCAGAAUACAAACCCUUGUAGGUAUUUGAAUGUUAAUUAACGGGCAAAACUGGUGACCCAUUUCCGAAGCCAGGCUGGGAUUGUGAUUGGCUGCGGUUUUACAGGAAAGUAACUGGGCUCUCAGCGCCUCUCGUUAAUCAGUCCUUUAAUAUUCCACCAUCUCAGUUACCACUGAACCAGAGGUGCUAACAGCCUGCCAGCUAGCCGCCCAUCUCAGAGCCUGUGCGUGUGAAGUUGGAGAAGCUCCGCAGCCGUCGUUUCUUCUCCUGUGAAUCGAUAUGCGCUCGUUUGAAGACUUUUUUUUCCCUUUUCCUAGCCGUAAUUGACUGUAAUUACCUUUUUUUUGCUCUGGCAGGCUACCAGCUCGUCUCGCUCCUUCAAUCCAUCCUUUUUUCUACACCUUCCCUCUGGUCUGCUCUCUCGCUCUCUGUCUCUUGAUUAAAGGUGCUUUAUUGACAUGUAAUCAGAGCAGUAGCAAGUCUGUGGUCUCUCCUUGGAAAAGGCACAUUAACACUCACUAACCAAACAAGCCUUCGGCGGAACACGACUUGACACUACAGGGCAUUUUGACUCUCGGAAAAAACCCCAUAACCUCAACACCUCCACCCCGACCCUUUAAAACCCCUUUAACCCCAAAACAAAGCCAAGGUACUCCCUAAUAAACCCAGAUGAUCCAAAGAAGUUCCCCUGACCCAACUGUCUAAUGAGUUACGUGUCUUCAGUUUCUUCUCACGGUGGCGAGGCGAGGUGGGGGGGAGUUAGGUGGCCCCGGCCCUCAGCUCUGAUAGGCAGCCUGUAACGUACCUCAGGGAUAAGGCCUUGCAGAGGGGAGAUCUAAUCUUACCAUCGCUGACAUCAUCAUCAUUGUUAGCCUCUCUUCCUCUUUUCUUGCUUUCUUUUAUUAUUAUUUUUUAUUUUUUUGAUGCUGUAUCUUGUGCUCUGUCUAUGCUGUGCCUUGCUCCUGUAUGUGUCACGAUAAGCAAAGUGGUUUACUAGCUCAAAAAUACCUUUGCCAAAGUUGAUGGGAAAGUUAAGGUUGAGUUCUUUUCUAGGUUUUAUUUAUACUAUAUAUUUGCAUACAGUACUUUACAUGUCAAUUACAGUGCAAUCUUCAUUUAUUUAUUGUUUAAAGAUUAAGAGACAAGUGUAGUUAUAUACUAAUUUUUUUUCUUUGUAGCAUGUUUUAUUCUUUCCCAUUUAUGUUUUUUUUUUUUUUUAAAUAGAUGUAUGUUAGAUUGUAUGAUUAAGGCCAGCAUUCCUUAUCUCAGUAACCCUUUAAGUAUUUCUCUUAACAUCUUUUGGGAACCUGUAGCUCAUCAGUCCAUGCAUUGCAGUUAUCAUUGCUGUUUUUGAACAUGUAACCAAAUGUGUUUUUAUUUUUCAUCUCCUGUUUCGGACACGCACAGCCGGACAGUUUUUGUAACGCUUAGAUAGACAUGUAGCAAGCCAAGCCUUAGCAUCAGUUCAAGUCAUCUGUAACGGUAUAAUGUAGCUGCCUUUGGCUUUUUUUAAUGAUUAGUGUUAUAAUGAAGCAUCUGGUAUCUUUUACUGUUUUAUCGCCAAAGUGCAGUCUUCUUGUGUCCACUUGAUUCUUUUUUUUUUAUUUUGGUCAUCUAAAGGGUCCUGUGAUGCUCCUCUGUAACGAUUCAGCAUUACGAUUAUUAUUGUUGUUAUUCUCUCAAAAAGGAAAAAAAGCAUUAACUUGAUCUGUGAUUAUGCGUCUUUUUGUAUUAUCUAUAAUAAUUUUGUAAAGCAAAAUGUGCCAUUUUUUUAUUACAGAAAAGUGUGCCCCCUUUUGGAGGAGAGUUUUAACACAAUCUGAUUUCACACUGAAAGGUGAUAAAGCAAAACAAUCAUGCAGUGAUUUCAGGCAGAUAAUAUAUUAUUGACGAUUCCUUGUUCAAGCUAGUGCUGGUGUAGCAGUAGUGAGUAUUUUGUAUCCAGUAUUUUUGCUAAGAAAUGUCAUACAGAGAUACCUAUAGAGCUAUAGUACAUUAUAACUAACGGAGUUGAAGCACUUUUUUUAAGCCAAGCAUUUGUCUCAGUGAGGUUUAUAGGAGUGAGAGGCGCAAUUUUGCCCUCUUGUUCUGUUCCAAACACUACUGCCAGUGUCGUCUGUUACAUUCAUUGGCAUUACUCGGGCGUUGGCGUCACUGUGACAUUGGCAUUACUGGAGCAUGUUUUCUGUGCUCUUCAAGUGGCGGUCUGCACCAAUCACGGAGGUGCCUUCCGCAGACUUACACAGCUUUGUUGCGCAAUAGUUGACAGCUCAUGUAUGAGGUGUUCUGUCCUUUAAUGGUCUCAUCCCCCAAACCCCUCUUCAAGCCCUAACGCCCCCCUGUAGGAGAGCAGAGGUUCAUGUUGAGUUUUGGUCAGUCAUAUUAGCUUUGGUUAGCCCAGUGUUGGCUGAAAAGCUGUGUGUUUGUGGGCAGGGUACUCUCUUUAUGUGCUUUUUGUUUUUUGUUUUUUCAAAUGCUGGCGAUUUCAUAAAACCCCACCCUCCCCACUUUAUGAGUCCUGCACAUUUGGCAGGCAUGUCAAGAAUGACAGUUUCUGCCCAGCAACCCUACGUCUGUGCCUUCUGAUCUGUUUAUUUUUCUUUGAUUUUUAUUUUUAUUAUUUUGUACGUUUUACAGAAAGUAGAGAUUUUGACUGAGAGAUUGGCAAUUUCACACGCAUUACAGACUCACAGGUAUUUAACUAUUUUUUAAGCAAGACAAAAAAGAAACAUAUUUUUACCUCACAAUUUCGAAAUAAAAACAUUCCAAUGUUGUCAUGGUCUACGAAUUGAAAAAAAAAAAAGAAAUUCAUGCUUUUUUUUUUCUUGUAUUGUAAAUGUUAGACAAUUUCAUAUGCAUUAUAUAAAAGAAACUGCCAUAUCAAUUUUAAUGUAUAGAUUUUUUGCAAAUACUACCCUAUGUAUGUAAGACGUAACUGUAUCGGUAGCGUAUAUAUAAUAUAUUUAUGCCCAAUAAAUGUUUUAAUUUUUUCUGA